CAACGGCAUGUAGAAUCGAUAAUAUCUGCUCAAGAAAAUUACUAUUUAUACAUAUAUCAAUAGGAAUAUUAUACAUGAUAAUCUGAGUGAAAUAUAUUCCAGUUUUUAUUCUAUUUUUGUUCCCCCUCUUGGUGGAAGAAUCCCAUUUUCUCACUGCCUUCCUGCCAAUAUACCCAAUUUCUUAACUUUGAUCAAUCAAUCAAUCUCUCAGUGAAAUCCAUGGGAGAUUACAGAUCAAAGUCAUAUGCUGAUGGCAGGAUGGAGAUGGAGAGCUACUAUGGGUACAGACCCAAUUCAAACCCUCAUGAUCUCAGGUCUUAUAGUGCUUCCUAUGCUUCUUCUUAUGCACCACCACCACCAUCAUCAACAACAACCCAGUUGGGUUUUGUGAAAGAACCCAAGUUAAAGAAAGGGAAAAGCACAGGUGGGUCUUCUUCAAAAUCUUGGGGUUUGAAUGAUCCAGAGUUUAUGAGGAAGAAGAGGGUUGCUAGCUAUAAGGUUUAUUCUGUUGAAGGGAAGGUCAAAGGGUCUCUGAGGAAGAGCUUCAAGUGGCUCAAGGAUAGGUACACCCACGUGGUUUAUGGGUGGUCUUGAUUUUUUAUUUAUCUCUAUUGCUUAACUUUCAUGUUUUGUGCUUGGAAAACUCUGUGAGAAAUUAUAAGUUUUUGUGUUUUUGGGCUGUCUACAUAAAUUCAUGAUGUGGAAUUUCCAGAAAAUGAAAGUUUUUUCUUUUUCUUUUUUGUUA